AUGGGGAGCAAUGAUAGCUUUCCUGUCACCCUGGACAAUCCCUCCCUACUCGAGUCCCGGGGAUUAAUUGCAGGAACCUGGCGAACUGCCAAAGACGGGAAGAACUUCCCCGUCUAUGAACCCUCCACUGGCACAGUUCUAUACUCCUGCUCGGAUUUCUCUCGUGAAGACUUGACCGAAGCUAUUGAAAGUGCCUCGAACGGCUACCGAGUGUAUUAUGAAACGACUACCGCAGCAGAAAGGGCGGAUAUCCUUCGAGCAUGGUAUCAUUUACUACAGGAGAACCUCAAUGAUCUCGCUCUGAUCCUUUCCCUUGAAAAUGGCAAGACCUUGGAAGAAGCAAAAGGCGAAAUAUCCUACGCCUCUUCCUUCAUCCUCUGGUUCGCCGAGGAGGCCGUCCGCUCAUACGGAGACGUCAUCCCUUCCGCCAAACAUGAUCGAACGGUUUUCACACUGAAGGAACCCAUUGGUGUAUGUGGGAUCAUCACUCCGUGGAAUUUCCCAGCCGCCAUGAUCACGCGCAAGGUUGCACCUGCCCUGGCAGCAGGAUGCGCAGUAGUAAUCAAGCCUCCCAGUGAAACCCCAUUUACUGCUCUUGCUCUGGCAAGAUUGGCCGUUCAAGCGGGUGUACCCCCAUCUUGUAUCCAGGUUGUUCCGACGAAAGAUCGAAGUGCGUCUUUGGAACUUGCUACUCAUCCGGAUGUGCGGAAAAUCAGCUUUACUGGGUCGACGAAUGUUGGGAAGAUGUUGACUGAGCUGGCGGCUGGGACUUUGAAGAAGGUUAGCAUGGAGCUUGGGGGGAAUGCACCGUUCAUUGUUUUCGAGGAUGCCGAUUUGGACAAGGCUGUUGAUGGAGCUCUGGUGUGCAAGUUCCGCUCCUCUGGUCAGACUUGUGUGUGCGCCAAUCGGAUAUUUGUCCAUGAACGCGUGUUGGAGGAUUUUACCAGCAGACUGGUGAAAAGAGUGCAAGCACUGAAGCUCGGACGCGGUAUUGACGUUGGAACAACCCAAGGACCCCUGGUCAAUAAGGCUGCCGUCGAAAAGAUUCAGUCACAUGUCCACGAUGCUAUAGUGAAGGGGGCAAUCCUCCGAACAGGAGGCCGACAGCCGAGGAAUUUGCAAAACGGAUACUUCUAUGAGCCCACCAUCCUCACCAACGUGGCCACGGAUAUGGCAGUCAGCUCUGAAGAGACUUUUGGACCUCUGGCGGCGAUUUUCUCGUUCAGUAGCGAGAAAGAAGUCGUUCAGAAGGCAAAUGCCACAGAGUUCGGGUUGGCGGGUUACUUCUUCAGCGAGAGCCUGGAACGCGUGUUCCGGGUGGCCGGUCAACUUGAGUGUGGAAUGAUUGGUGUCAAUACAGGCUAUAUCAGUGCUGUUGAGACGCCCUUCGGAGGAAUCAAAGAAAGUGGCUUGGGGACUGAGGGAAGUAAGUAUGGCCUGGCUGAGUACCAAAAUGUCAAAUCUGUGACGAUUGGAAAUUUGAACCUCAGUCCUGGAGGUGGGCUUUAG